CGAAGCAAAAGACAAGCUGGUCAAAGCAGCCAGCCAGGGGCAACCGGAGAAGAAAUGGAGAAGGCCAAGCAGUUUCUGGAACUGACCGAAGAGGAAUCAGAAAUCAUCUCGCGACUCGCGAUUCCGACCCAUCGACCCGGUUCUGGCUCGUGCUUCUACGAGGAUUUUGCGCUCAAAGGCAUCCGAGUCGACCGAGUCGAAGCCGGACUCGUCGUUUGCACUUUCAAGGUCCCUCCUCGCCUCACCGAUAGGGAUGGGAAAUUAGCAACAGGAGCAAUUGCUAAUCUGGUUGAUGAAGUUGGUUCUGUAUUAGUCCACGUUGAGAGUCCUUCCAUGAAUGUAUCAGUGGACAUGUCUAUCUCUUUUUUAUCCACCGCCGAGGUUGAUGAUGAGCUGGAGAUUACAUCGAGGCUAUUAGGACGAAAAGAGGGAUAUUCAGGAACUACUGUGCUGAUGAAGAACAAAGCAACUGGAGAGAUUAUAGCCGAAGGUCGACAUUCACUGUUUGGGAAACAUGUCAGCAAACUCUAAUUUCACUGCAAUUCAAAUGUAUCAAAUAUAGAAAUAAAAAGUGGAAGUAGUAAUAAUAAUAAUAACUUAAUAACCAAGGACUCUUUACUCUAGGUUUCACUUUGUAUUUUUUUUUUACUUAGAUUUUAAUGAAUAUGAAAUAUACAAUAUAGACU